CAUGAGCACCUUUGAGUUUAUAACACAAAUUUUCAAGGAGUUUCUCUAUCGAACAUCAAGAUGACAUCCAAAAACGCAUGUCUCGACCCUCAUAUAAAAAAUAAAUUACCAAAAGAUAAAUAACUUAUAUAAAAUUACAAAAUGACAUCGUGCAUGUACAGAGAAAAGUAUGAGAUUAACUUCCGUAACACGAAUGGGAAGCGGAAACUCAGAAAUACUCGAAUUCUGUCGCGUAACAGUUCGAUGUCUGCUAAAACGAAGAAUUUUAUCCAAAAGAUUUGUUACAAAAAGACGGCGUCUAUUGAUAUGACACGGUAUGGCUUUAUAAAUGACAGCAAGCUACAUCCCGUGAAUUUGUUGCUGCGUCCUUUGAAGGCGCAGCUCGAACGGAUAUGCGCCAAGGAUGUAAGUUGCGAGAGCAAAUUAAGAGUAAAAGAUUUAACCACGUAUGGCUAUCAGGAUCUUUCCAGUGCAUUAUAAUGGGUUGUGUACAAGGGAAACCCUCAAGACACGCAUCUGGACGUAAAAAUACGCCGGUAAAAAAAGUUAAAUUGGAGUUACCAGACUCGGCAUCGUCCAUGAGAACUUCUCGGCAAACCUUCACUCCUAGCAGUCAAAGCACCCCGCGGUCACCAAACUCAGCUGCCAGUAGUCCCGGCACGCGUACCCCUCGCCGUCAGCCCCCCCGUCAAUCUCAUCAAUCCCGUCCUCCACUUCGCAAGAUCACUACGCCAAAGCCAGCGAACCCUCCUCAUACGUAUAAAAAGAAACGUGUCACCGUAGUAUCAGCGACGAACAAAGUCAAGAAGAAUGAAGUUAUUGUCACCAGACGAUAGAAAAAAUUACCCUUGACGAUUUUAUUUUCUGAAAGUUUGGAGAAAUAAAUCUUUGAUACGAUA